GAACCCAUAGAAACUAAAGAUCUUUAAAUUGGAAUAGAUUUGAAUGUUAAUGAAGAUAACCAUGUAAAUAAUUAUAUGCAAAUGCUCCAAUAAUAAUGCUCCAAUAAUCAUUUAGUGCAGCCAAAUUAAGUUAACUCAAAAAAACACAACCAAUUCUGUGGGAUGCUACUAGAUAGAAGUAUAAUCUUUGUAUAGAUAGACAUCUGUUUGUAAGAUGCAGUCCCAGUGCUCAAAUACCACAUCAAUGUGCAAAAGAAAAACAACCACAACUGACUGGUCACAGGCUCACGUCUAGACAUUACACAACUGAGAGGACAAGAAAACCAUCACAAGAGCAGCUUUUCAGAUGGCAGUACUGCACUUUGUGUUGUCAUUAAGUUCCUUAUAUUCACAUAUUUUCUGAAAAAAAAUGUGUGGAAGUCCACAGCAGUGAGUGUCCUCUCAUGGUGUACAGUGAUAUGUUCAGAGUAAAAUUUAAACACUCAAACUUCUUGUACUAGUUUUCUGUUUUAAAGAUCUCCAACAUUAAUGUGACUGGGGCAUUACUGAUGUAUAUUAUUGAUAAUAAAAGAUCAUUUUAUGACAGACAGUUAUUUUAGAUGUUUUUAGAUUACACUAUAAAGAAACCAAAAAUUGUAAGGUGAAUGUUCUGACCAGAUCAGAACAAACACGUAAAAAGUCAUCAGGAGGUCUGGUGUCAUCUGGCCUACAUGUGAAACUGCAAACUCAUAGAUUUGGGCAUUCAAAGUCUCCUCCCCCCCAACCUACUUCUGUAAAUAGCUGUGCUGGAUGUGUGAGGAGCAGCUGCUUGCGUCUAUCCCAGGCUCUACUAAUGUUAGCUGGGAAAGGCCAGAAAAGCUGUAUUUUUAGAUUUUAGCUAAUAAUAUUUAUACUAACAUUUUAUUCUGUGGUCCAUUUUGAAUGUAUAGCUCCAUAGUGUAAAUAAGUAUUUCAACAUCAGAUGAACCAGAGGGGACUUAAAGACACAACAUGGCUGAUAAAAGUCGUUUGGCUAUGAGAAGAAAGGACAAGAAGGAAGAGCUUGAGCCAGUCAAAAAUGUGAAAGAAGUGAAAGAAGUGAAAGAAGAAGAAGGGGAGAAACCAGCAGAGAAUGGAGAAGCGCCCCAGGAGAACGGAGCGGCCGCUGAGAAUGGAGAGCCUCUACUGGAGCCGAUGGAGCUGCCCCCCUUUGAGAUCAUCACAGGGGACCGGAUAGAUCCAUUUGUGUUCAAGUUUCAGUAAAACGUGGAGUAUUCGUCUGGGCGGAACAAGACGUUUCUGUGCUACCUGGUGGACCGGGGCAGUGUGGAGGGGCUGCUGAGGGGGUACCUGGAGGAUGAGCACACAGGGGCCCACGCAGAGGAGGCCUUCUUCACACAGUGUCUACCUGACUACGACCCUGCUGUCAAGUACACCAUCACGUGGUAUGUGUCAUCCAGCCCGUGUGCCGCCUGUGCUGCUAAGAUUGCCGAAGUGCUCAAAACGAGGAAAACCGUCAAAUUGAGUAUUUUUGCCUCUCGCCUUUUUGAGUGGGAGGAACCGGAGAUCCAGGCCGGACUGAAGACCCUGCACGCUGCUGGAUGUAAGCUGCGCAUGAUGAAGCCUCUGGACUUCUCCUACACCUGGGACACCUUUGUGGAGGGAGAUGAGGAGGCAUUUAAUCUGUGGGAGGACUGCAAGGACAACUAUGAGUACUACCAAGACAAGCUGGCUGAUAUUUUGCAGUAGCCAGUCAAGAUUCAAGAUUUAUCCAAAUAGAUUUUUUUCUAUUUAGUGUAAGCUGAAGGGAUCUGCUGCUUACACUGUUUUGGCCUGGUGAAUGAUUAGUAAUGGAUAAAACAAAAAGUAUGUGCAGGAAGUAAUGUUUAACAAUUAUUAUUUGAAAGUCUUUAGUUGGACAAAAUAUUAUGUGAAGCAACAGUAGCUCUGAUGACAGCACAGACAAAAAUGUAUUCAGUCAGGUAAGGACGAAACUAAACUUCACAAACCUGAUUUUACUUGCAGUAGUUUCAUAAGCUGGAGCUGCACACUGGUGUGACUUAACGUGGGGAGCAUCAAACACUAAAAUUAAACUAAUUGCCCAUUUUAAUAAGGUGUUUUCAACAAAUAUAGCAUUUUUAAAACAAUAUAAGGCAUUAUAAAGCAUUUUAAGGUAACAUGGUGGUCUUAAUAUUAAUAUGAAUGUUAAUACCUCUCUUUAACCUGAACAUAAAAAAUAAUGUUGAUUACAUUUGUAUUUCUACGUUUUAUUCUUGAUAUAAAAAUUAUGAUAUAGUUGGAUUAUUUUACUUAAUAACUUGAAUUAAAUGGAAAUUCCACACUCAAUGGAGUUAUUAGAAUGCCUUGUAGAACCAUGUAACAGAUGUAAUAAUGAAAUGUUCACAUUUU